AUGUUUUCCUGUGAUAUUUGUGGUGAAACUGUAACCUCAGAACCAGACAUGAAGGCUCACCUAAUUGUCCAUAUGGAAAGUGAAGUAAUCUGUCCAUUUUGCAAGUUGUCAGGAGUCAAUUAUGAUGAAAUGUGUUUUCAUAUUGAAACUGCUCAUUUUGAGCAGAAUGAACUCGAAAGAACUUUUGAGAGGAUCAACACUACGCAGUAUGGAACUUCAGAUAACAAAAAGGACAAUCCCCUACAAUGCAAAAUGGAAGUUAAUUCAAGUCUUCAUUCAGCUUGUGCACCUAACCAUCUGAAAAGUUCAGUUCAAAGCCUGCCUAAGGGUGGUGCUUUAAAACCCAAAGCCUUUUGUUCAGAGGACUUAACUGAAUCUACAACAUUUCUGAAGAGUGGGGAAAAACCAUCUGAUCUAACCAAAAUAAAAGGAUCAAUUUAUGAAACUUUGUGCAGUCCUCUUGAAUGCCCAUUCUGUGGGAAAAUAGAAAUUUGUAGUCAAGAUAUGGAAACUCAUGUGAAAACAAAGCAUGCCAGUCUUUUAGACACUUCUUUAGAAGGCUGUGAUCAACCACUCUAUGACUGUCCUAUGUGUGGACUCAUCUGUACAAAUUACCAUAUUCUUCAGGAACAUGUUGACUUGCAUUUGGAAGAAAACCGCUUUGGACAAGGCAUGGAUAGAGCCCAGUGUUCUAGAGAUCUAGAAUUGGCUCAUCAGCUUCAACAAGAAGAAGACAGAAGGAGGAGAUCUGAAGAAUCAAGACAAGAAUUGGAAGAAUUUCAGAAGCUGCAGAGACAAUAUGGUUUAGAUAAUUCAGGAGGAUACAAACAGCAGCAACUACGAAAUAUGGAAAUAGAAGUAAAUAGGGGAAGAAUGCAUGCAUCUGAAUUUCAUAGAAGAAAAGCUGAUAUGAUGGAAUCCCUAGCUUUUGGUAUUGAUGACGGAAAAACAAAAACUUCUGGAAUUAUUGAAGCACUUCACAGAUACUAUCAGAAUGGUGCCGCAGAUGUGAGGCAUGUUUGGCUUUCUGCAAUGGUGGAUCACUUUCAUUCAUCUUUUGGUGACAAAGGUUGGGGUUGUGGCUACAGAAAUUUCCAAAUGCUGCUUUCAUCACUGUUACAGAAUGACGCUUAUGAUGAUUGCUUGAAAGGUAUGUCAAUUCCUUGCAUUCCUAAAAUUCAGUCUAUGAUUGAAGAUGCAUGGAAGGAAGGGUUUGAUCCACAGGGAGCCUCUCAACUCAAUAACAGGUUACAGGGAACAAAGGCCUGGAUCGGAGCAUGUGAAGUAUACACACUGCUGACCUCUCUAAGGGUAAAAUGUCAUAUUGUUGAUUUUCAUAAGUCGACUGGUCCUUUGGGUACACACCCUCGCUUAUUUGAGUGGAUAUUGAACUACUAUUCGUCAGAGAGGGAAGGAAUCCCAAAGGUAGUGUGUACAUCUAAGCCUCCUAUCUAUCUUCAGCAUCAAGGUCAUAGUCGAACAGUUGUUGGAAUUGAAGAGAAGAAAAACCGAACAUUAUGUUUACUUGUAUUUGAUCCUGGAUGUCCUUCUCGAGAAAUGCAGAAACUAUUAAAGCAAGACAUGGAGAGUAACAGUCUCAAGCAACUUCGGAAGUUUGUUGGCAAUCUAAAACAUAAGCAGUACCAGGUGGUGGUAGUGGACGGUGUUCUUUCUCCAGAGGAGAAGGCUGCCAGGAGACAAGCUUCUCAAGUCUUUACUGCAGAGAAGAUUCCUUGA